AUGGGGCCCCCGGGCAAUAGGGGAUCAUGGGGCCCCUGUGUCCUUGCCCAAACUCAAAAAAGCCUAUGAAGAAGGUACCAGGGGCAUCUUAUGGGGCCCCCUACUGACCCCGGGCCCUCGGGCAAAUUAAAUUUCAUUUUUAAGCCAGGGAAGCAAAAAUGUGUGCUCCUAAACAGGGGCACAGGACUGACAACUCAUGGGGCCCCCGGGCAAUAGGGGAUCAUGGGGCCCCUGUGUCCUUGCCCAAACUCAAAAAAGCCUAUGAAAAAGGUACCAGGGGCAUCUCAUGGGGCCCCCUACUGACCCUGGUCCCUCAGGCAGUGCCCGAGUUUCCAAAUGGUCAGUCCGCCCCUGCUCCUAAAUGAGCUUAUGGGU